AUGCGGCGAUUUGCUUCAGGUGUCACGACAGAGGCUCAUCCGCUCUAUGGGAUCUUCAUGGCACGUCUGUCCAUGUGCAUCUUUGAGUGGGAUCCAGAUGAUGUGGCUGCUCUUCACCGUGCAAAGGAGGGUGAGCUGGCAGCAAAGAAGGCUGGCCACAUCUCAGGAAAGGCGCUGAGUGCCCGCAUUACCCGGAGAGAGUUGGCACUGCACUGCCGGAGGAGGACCAGGGGUGUGGAGGAGACCACCAGAUUGAUUGGAUCUCUGGUUGAUCUGUUUGACAGUGCGAGUGGUAAAGACACUCUGGGAGUUCCUCUGCUGGACCAUGAACGGAUCCAGCAGAUUUGGAAAGAACAGCGUAAGCACGUACAGUGUAUCCAAGACCCUGAGAACUUUCCCCUCUACACGAAGACAGGGACACUGAAGAAAGGCGGUGUGGAACUGUGCUGCUACAGAUGUGCCCGUGGCUCUACCUCUUUGGAAUCAUUCCACCUCCACCUAAACCGUUUUAUUCCAGGAACCAGUGCCAGUGAUGCACAUUUUCAGGCUUAUCUUCUUGAGGGCUUGAUGCGCUGGAAUGAUGACAGGAUGGAAGAUGCCAUAAAAGGAGCGUCCUCCAUCCGGACAUAUGGCAGUGCCAUGAAAGAGGCUGUGGACAAGCUUUCCCGAACUGUCUUCGGAAAGCCCUGGGAUGAGCGCUAUCGCCCUCCUGGAGCAUAUACAGGUGAAUUGCUGGGAAUGGAGUACCUUUACAGCCAGACUGGCAAAACACUUACUCCAGUGCUCCAGAACCCAGAGGAGGAAGACAGGCUGGUGGAGGAAGUUGAUGAUCAGGACCUGCAAGAUGAGGGGUUUGAGGAAGAGAUCAUGGAGGACAUCACAGUUCCAGUGCUGUAUGAGGAUGACCCUUGCCGUGAUCUUGAAAACAGCCCCUCAUCUUUGCCUUUGCAUCAGUCCCCAGCAUCGAUGGCUGAUGUGUUACUGGCUGAGCCGUCCACAUCAUCAUCUCCUGGUGGAGAACGACAGCAUCUUGCCCCUGCCCAUUCAGUGCUGUCACAGCCAUCUGACACUGGAAGCAGUAUUUCCGACGAGGCUCAGGGAGCAGUCAUUGGACCCGAUGGCAUCGCUGGGUGGGACAAGGUCCUGGAUUUGGCUGGUUUCCUGGUGGGUCUUCGUGAGGCUCCUUACCUUACUGACCAGCAGGUGACAGAGGCCAUCCAGCUGUGGAAAGCUCUCCUAGAUUUCGACAAACAGCAGGUCAACUAUCAGCCUCGACAUCAGCCUCAGCUGACACAUGGGCGCUAUAAGGCACCGAAGCGGUCUGGAGUCACACCAGGUGUGGAGAGUGUAAACGGUGUCUGA